AUGGCCAAUUUCCUUGCCUCCAUUUUUGGCACAGAGCUUGACAAGGUCAACUGCUCUUUCUACUUUAAAAUCGGUGCUUGUCGUCACGGCGAUCGCUGCUCGCGAAAGCAUGUCAAACCUUCCUACAGUCAGACCAUUCUCAUGCCCAACCUCUACCAGAACCCUGCGUACGAUCCCAAGAACCGAAUGAACCCAUCUCAGCUCCAGAACCACUUCGACGCCUUCUACGAGGAUAUCUGGUGUGAGCUCUGCAAAUACGGCGAGCUCGAGGAGCUGGUCGUUUGCGACAACAACAAUGAUCAUCUGAUUGGCAACGUUUACGCCCGCUUCAAGUACGAAGAAUCAGCCCAAAAGGCUUGUGAUGAGCUCAACAGCCGGUGGUACGCUGCACGACCGAUAUACUGUGAACUUAGCCCAGUUACCGAUUUCCGCGAAGCCUGUUGUCGACUGAACUCGGGUGAAGGCUGUGUUCGAGGAGGGUUCUGCAACUUCAUCCACCGAAAGAACCCUAGCGAGGAGCUUGAUCGCGAUCUUACUCUUAGCACAAAGAAGUGGCUCAAGCAGCGAGGUCGCGACGAGAAGAGCGUGUCCCGUUCCCCUACACCUGAGCCUACAAGACGUCGCUUCUAG